GGGUGUUGGGUGGCGAUUUUGGGGUGAGGGGGGGUGUAUGGGGAUAUUGGUGGUGGAUAUGGGGGUGAUCCUGAGGUCUGGAAUGACAGCGACCACAGGGCAGAUCGAUGGUUUAAAGAAACGGGCAUCACUGGUUGACCAGGCUAAGGCAAAGAGGAAGGUGCAGGUGAUUGAGAAGGAAGAGGGAGGAGCUCCACGGUCUGUCGCUGCCGUGGACCGCGGGGACGAAAAAACUGGGAAACUGCCGACAACAGGUCAGGCGCAGGCAUACAGGUCAACCGCGGGCGAUGACAUCAAGAAAGCAAAUGCAAGGAAAAGGUCGAUUAUUAAUGGAGAGAAUGGCGGUCUCGCGAAAAAGGUGGAUGGUGUGAGAGGCAAGGAGAAACACGUCAAGGAGAGUGCCGGCAGUCGAUCCAAAGCUGCGGGCCCAUCUGGCGGGGCUGUGCUUCCUGGUGUUUCACAUUUCCACGGCUACACAAGUGCUCUUGGGCCAAACUUGUCAAAACUCGAUCGGUCAAAACGGACCCAAGGUGGUCGAGGUGCGCUUGGAGGUGCAGGUACGGAAGAUGGACGGAAGAAGAUGUCGGCAGCAAAGGGCGUGGUCGUAGGGGACUCGCCAGAAAGGCCGACUACCCCUCUACGAAUAUUUGACUGGGAUGAUGAAGCAUGGAAAACAGGGGCCAUAGGGACCAUUGAGAGGCCAGGCACGCCUCUGAGAUUGCGGCCAGACGACAACACGUGGUGCAUCUUACCGGCAAAGCCUUCUUCAGAGGCAAGUACGGCAGCAAAGCCCGCUGUUUCUGGUGGUCCAGCAACAAAGCCCAGAGACGAUGGAGGCUCAGCAAUCGAUCCUGAAGCAGAUGGACGCUUGCUGGCCAAGCCAGCAACCGAUGGAUCUGCAGCAGCGAAGUCCACAUCAGACGGAGAUACAUCAGUGAAGUCUGGAACUGCUAUAUGUCCAGCACCUGUUUCGGUCUUGCUUCCCCCGACUACCACGACGGUCGAUCCAGAUCAGAAGGGCGGUCUGGAGAAAGCGGACGAACCGAUCAGCAGGGAUGACACUCCCAGCAAACCGCCCGCGGCUGCAGCUCAUUCCCAUUCGGAUGGGCCGUCAGUUGCCCCAAAUGCGCAACCAGGGGAGGGUUCAGAUGCAAGGUUUGCGCAGAGAUCUAGAGAGGGUCUGGUGGGGGUGGACAGCUCAGCCCUGCAUGAUGCACCAGCAACCGUACCUGUCCCAGAUCCACAGGCUCAGAUCGAGCCUUCCAUGGAGGAUCCGAUGGAAACGUCACCACCUCUUCGUCUGUCGCUGGAGGAGAUGGCGGCAGCCAUAGAAGCUAUGGAGAGAGAGAAGAUUCCAUGGAGAACGCCCGAAGUUGUCCGGCUUUCCGACCUUUGGUUUGUGGCGUACGGGGAGGAGAGCAAAGAGGUGGCUGUUCAGAACGAGCGGCUACGGCGGGAGGAGGAGUUCUUCGGCGGAACCAACAUGGUGGACUUGCCAGAUGUGGCGCAAGAGCCGUGGGAUCAGGAGGCCGACUACGACGAGUCGCUUACCCCGAUCAUUCCGUCGGAGCUCGAGUUAUCGGCGAGCGAACCGGUCACUGACCCAACCGCGCUCCAAGAUGACGCGGAGUCUGUUCCUGUUGAAGAAUCCGCCGCCACAUCGGAGGGAGGCAAACCCGAACAAGGGGAGGCCGCUGUUCCCGAUGUUGUAAGUGAACCGGAGCCGCCUCUGGCCGCCGCGGCAGGGCAGCUGGGUACGGAACCGACACCGGGAGCGAGCAGGCCACCAGAAGAGCCUUCAACGAUCACGUCUGAGGCCCCGCCGAAUGCGAGUCCAGCACUUUCUGAUGCAGCCGCUGCAGACCGGAAAAUGGAGAGCGCUAGUGGCAGUGACGGCUCCGGUUUGGAGACUCUCCUUGGUCAGCACGGGGUCAGCGGUCAAGAUGCACCACUGCUGGCUAUGCUCUUGCAGAAUCCAGACUUAGUGGCACGACUCACGAGUUCAAAGAGCUUUGCAGCCAGCGGCGUGGAGGGAAACAUAGCCCUGCAGAGUCUAUUAGGUGCCAGUUCAUGGAAAGAUGGACCGGGUGGUGGGCAGGCGGAGGGCCUGUCGGCAAGCGGUGGUCCAUUACCGGAGGCAGCGUCUGGAGCUUCGUCUCGACAAAAAUCUGCAGCUCCAAUGGGCGACACGGGAACGGGAAUCGUGGCAAUAUUGAGUGAUGCGAUACGGACAGCAGUGCAGAGCGGCAAUGAAUCGCAAACACAUUCAUCACGAAGCGGAGCUAUGGUGGGACAUGGGAAAGACAACCAUGUGCAGCAGUCGGCUUCAGGCGCCAAGGCAUGGGAGCAGACUGGCAGCUCUUCACAGGUUGCUGUGUUAGCGACCACUCCCGAAGGUCGAUCUGCUCGUUGGCCGUCAGCAGAACCUGCAUCGCAGCGGCAACAGCCAUCAUCCGGUGCAAUGUCCGUUGCGUUGCCUGCUCAAGUCUCUGGACCGAGGAUUCCUUCUGGUGGUGGAAUAGGUCCUGCAACGCUGGAACAAACGUUGGUAGAACAGAUCCAACAGCUACUGCCAGGUCUCUGCCCGGUUCCGUUGUCGUCAGAGACGGAUGACACACGGAGGCAGCAGCCAUCACUUGGAGCGCUUCAGGGCGAAUCUCACGCAAUGGCUCUGGCACUAAGGGAGGAGCUCGUGGCUUUUGCGUCCAGGAUGACGUUACCUGGACUGCAACAAGUGUUGCCACGGGCGAAUGCCUCGCCGUCGACAGCAACGAUACCAUGUUCGUCGUCGCUUCCGCCUCUGGUUCAGCAACCCUCUACAAACAGCUCUGCAGACGCAUCAACCCCUGUCCAAGGAGCAACUGGGCACCCUCCACCGCCACCUCCCCCACCACGAACUGGCAUGCCCUUGCCUGUUGCGCAGCCGCAGCAAGCGAGGACGCCACCGCCACCUGCACCCUCAACUUCAAAUUUCCAAGGUUUACUGCUCGCUCAGACCCCACCGCAGGGCGGACCCACGCCGCCUCCCAGUUCCGCCGCAUCCCUUGCUAAUAUGAAAAACCUCCCGGGUGGGCCACCGGGUUUCACUGCACCCUUGAUAUCGGUGCCCUUCGCUGGCCUAGGACCUCACCAGAGUGGAGACGGCAAAACCCUUGCGUCUCCAGAAGCAGCAGCAAAGGGUACGUUAGGAACACUGCCACACGCUCCAUCUCAAGGGGAUCACAAUACCGCACCCAGUGUGCUUGCAGCACCGGUGUUGCCCAUUUUGGGGCUGCAGGGACCGUCUCCUCGCCUGGGACCUCUGCUGCCCACACCCACCCCAUCCUCGUCGUCAUUCAACCAGCCGAGAGUCCUGCUUACGCGCCCUCAGCUCCCCGUACAAGAUGCCACAAUCCGGCACGAGCAGUUGCGCCAGCCUCAGCUUCUGCAGGACCAAAAACCAAGCCUCGCGGUCCAAGGCGCAGGCCAACCAGGGGGGAGUAUUCUCCUGGCAGGUCAGCAGAAGCUUGGAGUCGCCUCCGAGCAGCACACACGCUCAGCCCCAGUGCAUGGUACCCCUGCACUCGUCACUGGAGAUAUGGCACCCCAGCGGAUCAUGCCUCCGCCGUUGCCUAGCAAAGAGCCUUCCCCUCUACAGGAAAGGUACCAACCAUCAGCAAACCCUUCGCAUACCGAGCAUCACCCACCCCCACUCAAACAACCCCCGCCCCAAGAGUGCUUAGAUUCUCAGCGACAUGUUCACGGACAGUCACAGAUAAUACCCCCCAUUGGCCAACCUGAGGCGCUACACACCUCUGAUCAGCAGCAGAGGGGGCCAUUUUCCGCAGGUGAUCGUUUCCAGCCUCCUCUUGCUCCGGAUCAACGAACACCAUUGCCGCUGCAACAGAAUAUCGCCCCGCCACCUUUGCACCCGCCUUCGCAAAGUCAACAGCCUCUGCCUCCGAACCAUGCUGAACACCGAGUCCCCCAACCCCAUGCCAUGUCUGAUCAGCACUGGCCUGGGGGCAACCAGCAUGUUUGGAGGCCACCACCUAUGCCGCCUCAGAUGGGCCCGCCUGGUCCCUUACCUACUCAACAUAUGCAGCUCAGGGAGGACCAGCAGCAUGUAUCACCACCUGUGCAUGAUCCAGCUGGCCCUGUAGUAGGGCAGAGUCAACAGUCAGCACCAAGUGUGGUACAGCCUCAGGUCCAGCUGUUGGUUCAGGACCAUCGGCACCUUCUCCACCCACACGCUGACUUGCAACACAACGUUCCUACCCAAGAACAAGCGCUGCACAACUCCGUUCAUAGCCUUGGGCCCCGCUCAGCACCACAGGGCAUGAUGAUCCGCAAGGGCCCCGAUGCACAACAGCCAGGUGGGCUUGGCCCACCUAUGGCAAGGUGCGAGGAGGGAAUGCCCCAUGCCGUGCAACAGCCUCCUCCACUCGCUUCUCAUACUCAAGGCGGGAUGCAACAUGCCACCGCCGCCACUGGCCCACGGCUUCCUCCAGGACCGACCCCACCAGGAGGCCAAAUUAUGAUUGGUGGAAAGGGCCCAGAAGUGCAGCAGCCGGCUGGCAUGAGUAUGUCGAUAUUAAGGGGUGGAGAAAAGGUGAUGACCCAUGGGAGGCAACCUCCUCCGCCGUCGCAUUUGUCCCAUUCACAAAUGGCUCAGUGGUCAGGCCCUUCGCUUCCCGUUCAUAUCCCGCACUCACUGAGGCCAGAGGUCCAGGGCAUGUCCUCCGCUCCUCUCGGGAGCCCGCAUGGCACAGACUUGCCCUCGCAAAUGGGAAGAGCCGAGACGUUGGGUAGAGCCCCCCCGCCCUUCCAUGGCCAUUUAUAUCCUCCUGGUCCAAGCAACCAGCCAGUAGUGAAAUCGCCAAUGGGACCGGGACCGGGACCGGGACUGGGACCUGGGCCAGGGUCUGGGUCUGGCAUGCAGGAGAAUGGUGGCCCACAAAAGUGGGCAGCGGCUCCGAGGAUGGCACCCCUCAUGCAAGGGCGAUGGGAACCGAAUCACCCCAGCGGAGGGUUUUUUCAUCAACUAGAUACAACUGGUAUUCGUCCACAUAGCGGGGGUGGGCAAGGAGAGGGUUGGGGAGGAGGCGACAGAGUGACGCCGCCCCCAGGCAGAGGGCCAGUAGACGGGGGAGAGGGCUUCAUCAGCGAAUUCCACCCUCGCAUGCUUCAGCCGGGAGCAUCGCAGGGUCAUGUACAGUUUAUGGGCAGUGGAGUCUACGGCGGUGGCUUUUCUCAAGACUCGGGCAGACCCUGGGGUGGUCCAGAUAUGCAGCAGAACGCUGGUUUCCAAGGUGGUGCUGGCGAGGGUUAUCGCCCACCGUUGCAACGGCCACCUUUCUCUCCUCAAACCCCACACAAUUCCGGGUUAUGGUGAUAAAAAUUGGGCCAAAUGUUUUCGUAGGCGGCCUGACACCAUCGCAGAGGGAUUCAUGCGUCAAGUCUCUGCGUCAUUUAUUAGAUUUCGCGCUGUGAUUUUUAGGACGGAAUUGGGUUUUGAAUCGGAACAGUUCCUUGUUUUCUCAGCCGAGGCUUCUUCUUCUGCUCCAACUAGUGUUUCUGCGAAUAUCGUCACUCUGGGAGGAUCUGCUUACAUGCUGUUUGUGGAGUGGUGGCGGCGUUCUGGUAGUACUCGGGUGGAUAGUGAAAUUCAGUUCCACCAUUCUUUCUUUCACCACAUUCUCUAAUCAAGUUUGAUGUAUAGU